AUGUCGGCAGUGGGAUUGAUAUCGAUUUUAGUUUCACUUGCAGGAUUCUCCUCCAUCACAGCCAUACGAGUAAAAGGGAACUCCUCAGAAGCAGGAUUCUUUAAGGAUCAACGAAUUAUUGGUGGCGAGGCGGCUGACGAUGGCUUUGCUCCGUAUCAGAUAUCCUUGCAAGGCAUCUCUGGCGCCCAUUCCUGUGGCGGAGCUAUCAUCUCUGAGAAAUUCGUCCUGACAGCUGCUCAUUGCGUGGAAAAUGCCAAUAUCCAGUGGCUGGUAGUUGUCACAGGCACUAAUCAGUAUAACCGACCGGGAGGCAGAUAUUUUAUAAAAACCAUCCACAUCCACUGCAACUACGACAACCCUGAGUUGCAUAAUGACAUCGCCCUACUGGAACUAAUUGAGCCGAUUGUCUGGGACGAACGCACCCAGCCGAUUCCUUUGCCAUUGGUUCCCAUGCAGCCGGGUGAUGAGGUGAUCCUUACUGGUUGGGGAUCAACAGUUCUUUGGGCCAGUCCGAUCGAUCUGCAGGUACUGUAUCUUCAAUAUGUCCCACAUAGGGAGUGUAAGGCAUUGUUGAGCAACGAUGAUGACUGCGAUGUGGGCCACAUUUGCACGUUUUCGCGUCAGGGAGAGGGUGCCUGUAAUGGUGACUCUGGCGGACCACUGAUCAGCAAUGGUUACCUUGUCGGACUGGUCAACUGGGGAUGGCCCUGCGCUACGGGAGUUCCGGAUGUCCAUGCCAGUGUAUUAUUCUACCGGGAUUGGAUACGCAAUAUCAUGAGUGGAAACUCGAAAUGCACUGGCUUCGGCUCUUACCACGCCUAAAGGUUCCGGGUUCUGUGGCUAUCAUUGCCCAUAAAAGAGCCCAGUUUAUAAGGCCACGAUAAAAUAGCCCUCGAUAAGACCGGACAAGUUAAUAAAGUUUUGUUAGCCAU